GAAAUUGGGAAAGUGCGAGGGAACUUGUUUCAAAUCAGCGAGUGCAAAAAGGAGCCGCUGAAUUUGCCGGAGCCCGAUGGUCCGAUGAUGACCUUGUCCGAGAAGGUUUACGUGCCGGUGAAAGAACAUCCCGACUUCAACUUCGUCGGGAGGAUUUUGGGACCCAGAGGAAUGACAGCGAAGCAGCUGGAACAAGAAACCGGGUGUAAAAUUAUGGUCAGAGGCCGGGGUUCCAUGAGGGACAAGAAAAAGGAAAAUUACCUUUGUUUUUUUUCGCGUGCCAAAAAUAGCGAAAAUUUCCCUGCGUCGAUUUCGUUGGGUGUCGUCGCCGACGACGACGACGAUGGCGGCGGUACGAAGGCGUCGAUCGUGGAGGCAAAUGUUUUUUUUUUAAAAUUGUAA